GCUGUUGUAUACUGCCUAGAGUUUAUAAUAUAGAGUUUCAGCUACUUUUCACUUUCUCUUUCCCUUUCUCUUCUCAAAGCCUAUUGCUUUGCUUCCACUGUUCAGAUCUUAUUAUUGACUUUACUGCAAUUGCUAUUUGAGUGUUGAGAUUUGUGCUCUCUAUACUUCGGAAUGCUAUUGCUAGGCUUUAACUGCAAGACAUCCUAGACUUAAAUCUUCUGUUCUCUCGGUUCCUUUAUGCUUCCUUUUCAACCUUGGCCGUCCUAUAAAAAUUGGGGAAGAAAGAUCUCACAAGUUUGUCACUUUGGUCCUCUAUAAUUCUCUUUUUCAUGUUUUAUUGGAUUUCAUGGUGUUUUCCUUCUUGAAGCAUUACCUUCUGGAUUUUCCCUCGUAACUUUUAAGUCUCUAUUUGUGGCUGGAGUAGCUCAUGCAUUUUGAAGUAUCAGAAUCAUCAGUCAAGAAGAGAUAUAUCUUGCUUUCUACUUUGAUUUGGGCUCAAGUUCACAUCUUUCUUGAUCCUUAAUCUUCACUUUUGGCACAAGGAAAUGAUGAAGGUUUUCGCAUCUUCAAUGUUUUUUAUUCUGCUUUGCAUACUCCAUAUGAGUUUUAGCUGCAGUGGACAAGCUGCAGCUAGCAUUAGCAUUGCAGCUCCAAUGGAGAAAGCUGAGCAAGAGGCUCUGUAUUCUACCAUUCAGAGCUUUGUUGGUAAAUGGUGGAAUGGUUCUGAUCUCUAUCCUGAUCCCUGUGGGUGGACACCAAUCCAGGGUGUGUCCUGUGACCUCUCCAAUGGCUUGUGGUAUGUAACUUCCCUGGACAUUGGACCUGUUCAUGACAACUCCCUUAAUUGUGCUCCCAAUGCUGACUUUGGACCCCAUUUAUUUGCACUAAAGCACCUUAAAUCCCUCUCAUUUUUCAAUUGCUUUGUUUCGCCCCACCAUCUACUCACGAUCCCUACUGAUAAAUGGGAAUCACUGGCUGACAGUUUGGAGUCCUUAGAGUUCCGGUCGAAUCCAGGGCUUGUUGGACAGAUUCCAGCAACUUUUGGGGGCCUAAAGAAUCUCCAAUCUUUAGUGCUAAUUCAAAACGGAUUGAGUUCUAAAAUCCCAACAGAUAUUGGCAAUUUAUCAAACCUGAAGCGGCUAGUUCUUUCUCAAAAUCAGAUUACAGGUAAAAUCCCCGAUAGUUUAGGAAGCCUGAGCGGACUUUUGAUCCUGGAUUUGAGCAGGAACUUAUUGUCUGGUCCAUUGCCUCAUACUCUUGGAAAGCUGACUUCACUUCUGAAGCUUGAUUUAAGCAGCAAUCAAUUAGCAGGGAGCAUCCAGGGAGAACUUCGGAAUUUAAAGAAUCUAACGUUAUUGGAUCUUAGUCGCAACAGGUUUUCAGGUGGAUUGACCAAUUCAUUUCAAGAAAUGAGUUCCGUGGAAGAAUUAGUCUUAUCAAACAAUCCUGUUGGCGGAGAUAUUAUGAGCCUUAAUUGGCAGAAUCUCAAAUGUUUACUUGUAUUGGAUUUGUCCAAUAUGAGUUUGACAGGUGGGAUUCCAGAUUCCAUAGCAGAACUAAAAAGAUUGAGAUUUUUGGGCCUUAAUGAUAACAAUCUUGCUGGGGAUAUCCCACCAAGAAUCGGAGCAUUACCUAACAUUAGUGCUAUCUACCUGAACGGAAAUUAUCUGACAGGAGAGCUUAAAUUCUCUGAGCUGUUUUAUGGGAAAAUGGGGAGGCGUUUUGGGGCAUGGAACAACACAAAUCUCUGCUAUCCAAUUGAGUUGAAGUCAACAGGCCAUGCUCCUUAUGGGGUAAAACCAUGUCAUCAAGAAGCCACAACAUUACAUGAGAACAUCAGUGACCUUGAUGAAAAGUCUAACUUGGGUAAAGGGGACUUGAAUCAUGAUUCCCAUCCCACGGUGUCUUUGGCAUUUCCAAGCUUUGCUAGUAAUGGGCUCUGCCUCUGCUACAUUUUUCUGUGCGAGCUAUUUAUGAUUGCUCUAGACUUUUCUCUUACGAGAUUUGCUUGGUAAAGAUGGUAGGAUUAUUAUUAGGUCACGAGCAUUAGAAAAGGGUUUAACUUUCUAGAUCCAACAGUAAAUAUUCGUUUUCUGUGUACUCAUUUUCCCACUCUCGUAUUGCCUACAAUCUAUAACACGAAGAGAAUAUAAUGCUUCAUCUAGAUUUAGAGGUAACUUGUACAUGUCAAAUAUUAGAUCCACGAGUCUUCCCUUAUCUGAAGAUUCAAUUGUCCUAAUCUUGUGGUGACUAUAUUUCCUUGGUGGCUCACCAUCUUUUA